GAAAAAGUUGUUUUGAGCGCUAAAAUAUAAAAUUUAUCAAAUUUGUGAUUAUUAAAUAAAAAUGGAUGAAGAAAUCAAUGGAAAUAGUGAAGUUUACAAUCAUUAUCUUGAGUUAAGUAAACCUACAAAAGCUGAUUUAGAAAAAGUCUUUACCGAUGAUGAACUCAAGAAAUUAUGUUUGAAACUCAAAUGUCGUGUGGAUAUCUGGCGUUGGAAUGUGGUAAAUGACUAUCGUAUAGCAUUCACAAAGAGUGGCCGCUAUCAAAAAUGGUCUGAACCUGUACGAUUGGGUACGUUGGCCAAGGCGGUGAACAAAAUGAAGCCUUCAGUGUUGUAUGAUGAGCAAGAAAUAAUAGAAACAAGAAAAGAAGAAUGGGAAUUUCAAUUGAAAGAUAAUAUAUUAUCGUUAAAUUACUGGGAACGUGGACAUAAAAGUCCUAAACAAGUGGUAACAGGUUCCGAAGAUGUGGAUGAAGAUGUGGAAUAUGAUAUUAAUACAGAAUCUAUGAAUGAAACUCUCUUGACACAAAGUGAAGUAAAUUUGGAGUCCAAAAUAGAUGAAGAAUUAUUAAUUGAUGAUGAUGAUGACUCUGAAGAUUCCGUAAAGACGGUGUUAUACAAUGAAAAUGAGGUGCAAUCCGAAGAAGUUGUUCCCGAAAUUAAUAACAUGUAUGGCGUUAACACCAUGUCUAUGACCAUCGAUUCCCAAAUGAAUACGCAAUCCCAAGACUUACAUUUGCUACAGUCCCAGGAUGUAAUACCAGCUACUUAUGAUAAUUUUAAACAUAUUAUACCUCUAACGUCAACACAGUCACAAAGUCCUGAAUCGGAAUAGUAUAUAUCGCACUUGAUCAACAAGAGGGUAUUAACUAAAAAUUUAAAUAUAUUCAGUAGAGCUUAAAAACAGUUUAUGGUUACAUUUUAAGAGAAUUUAAAAAUCCGAAUAAAUCAUAGUUAGCUAAUUUCA